UCUGAGAAUCUCAUCACCCCAUUCAGUCACACAACACAUCGACUCCAAAACACACCGACAGAACACAACGCAUCGUAUCGUGAAGCAGAUCCCAGAAAACUGCCGUAUUUUUAGUUAUUGUUUCAAUUUACACUUACACCCACCACUCGCCCAGAUGGAGGUAGUGGACCCCGAGGACAGGGAUCCCGACGAUAUGCUGCUGAUCGAUCGGAUUGGCGACGCAGUUGCGGGAGACGCGGGCAACGACUCCGACUCCCAGGAGGAGCAACUGGAGCACCAGGUCCUGGAACAGCAGCUGGCUCAUCAUCAGGCACAUCAUCCACUGAGGCGGGACAACCGACACGUGGCAAUGCUGCUGGACGCGCCACUGGAGCCUCCGCCCAUGGGCCUGUUCGAGGGGGCGAGGGCGGGCGGGGUUGCCCAUCCACGCCCUCCGGCGAGAAGCAAGAAACGCAGCUUCUUCACGAUUGUGCGGCCGACGGUGCUCCGGAAUCAGCGGCCCGAGCUGUGCCCCCUCUUCCUGAACGCCUCCAGAGCGAUAGGCGAGGUCCGGGAGGAGCAGCGCGGCGAGUUCUUCGCCGAGUACCUCUUCGAAAACAUGACCAGUGAGAACUAUCCCAACGGUGUUGGCCUGCCGCAUCACUGGGGUGAGUUCUGAUUGAGCAUGGGUUCGGGGACCCCGGGCCGGGCUGUCGCAGGAGCGAGGGGACAUCCGAUCCUCCAGGGCCCAGAACACAUCUUCCAAUCCUUCCUCUCCAGGUCACCUUUGGGAUCGCCCCUCGAUCCAAUCUAUCCUGAACAAACUAGGUAGGGACUAGGGUUGUUAAACCAUGCUGCUUCUUUUGGCCCAAGAUUGGUUGGCCAAUGAGUUGAAUUCCCGAUGUCUUAAUUUCAUUAGAAGAAUAGAAUUAAAGCAGCGAAAUCCAACGAAAAGUA